AGAAGAUUCUUGGGUUGCAACAAAGCUGCAAACGUGGAGCAAUUUGCAUUUUAGAAAUGGGCUGCAUCAAAUCCAAAGAAUUUGGCCUUGGUAGCAAGUUAUCAAGAACCCCAUCACUCUCCAGCGAACCAGAUCGUUAUGUGAAGGGUCUACAUAGAAAGGGUUGCAUACCAUCUACUCCCGUGAAGCCCCAGGAUGACGAAGAUUUCAUCGUCCUGGCUCUUUACGACUAUGAAGCGAUACACAGGGAAGACCUGAGUUUCCAGAAGGGCGAAUGCCUCAAAAUCCUGGAGGACUCAGGCGAGUGGUGGAGAGCCGAGUCACUGACCACCGGCCAAGAAGGCUACAUCCCCAGCAACUACGUCGCCAGGGUCAACUCGCUGGAGACGGAGGAGUGGUUCUUCAGAGGGGUCAGUCGGAAGGAUGCAGAGCGGCAUCUCUUAGCUCCCGGCAACAUGAUCGGCUCCUUCAUGAUCCGAGACAGUGAGACGACCAAAGGAAGUUACUCUUUGUCGCUAAGAGAUUUUGACAGCCAGAACAAAGUGGACACGGUGAAACAUUACAAGAUCCGGACGCUGGACAACGGAGGCUUCUACAUCUCCCCUCGGAACACCUUUAACACCCUCCAGGAGCUGGUCGCUCAUUAUAAAUGUCAAAGCGAUGGGUUGUGCCAAACGCUGACCUACCCAUGUGUUGCGCCGAAGCCUGAGAAACCCUGGGAGAAAGACGCCUGGGAAAUUCCCAGGGACUCCUUGAAGCUGGAGGUCGUCCUGGGAGCCGGACAGUUUGGGGAAGUCUGGAUGGCCACCUACAACAGGCACACCAAAGUAGCCGUGAAGACCAUGAAGCCGGGCACCAUGUCGGUGGAAGCUUUCCUGGAGGAGGCCAACCUCAUGAAGACGCUGCAGCACGACAAGCUGGUCAAACUGAACGCUGUGGUGACCAAGGAGGAGCCCAUCUAUAUCAUCACGGAGUACAUGGAGAAAGGUAGCUUGCUGAAUUUCCUGAAAAGCGAUGAAGGACGUGCACAGCCCCUUCCCAAACUGAUUGACUUUGCGGCCCAGAUCUCAGAAGGCAUGGCUUACAUCGAGCGGAAGAACUACAUCCAUCGAGACCUGAGGGCUGCCAACAUCCUGGUGUCAGCCAUGCUGGUGUGCAAGAUUGCUGAUUUUGGCUUAGCCAGAGUGAUCGAGGACAACGAAUACACGGCACGGGAAGGGGCCAAGUUCCCCAUCAAGUGGACGGCACCCGAAGCUAUUAAUUACGGCUCCUUCACCAUCAAAUCGGACAUCUGGUCCUUCGGGGUUCUUCUGACGGAGAUAAUUACCUAUGGACGGACCCCGUAUCCAGGGAUGUCAAACCAGGAAGUGAUGCGUGCCCUUGAACGUGGCUAUCGGAUGCCACGCACGGAGGGUUGCCCCGAGGAGCUCUAUGAUAUCAUGAUGCGGUGCUGGAAGAACAAGCCCGAGGACCGCCCUACUUUUGAGUACAAUCAAAGCAUCCUGGAAGAUUUCUUCACUGCAACAGAAAGUCAAUACCAAAAGCAGCCUUAAAGGAAAAAGGUGGAGAGACCCUGGAAUGGGGACAUCCUUGCAGAAGAAGAGGUUUUAUGGGGCAGAUGACACGCAGGCUGUCCCCACCAGCAGAUUAGAGGAAAGCUGCUCUUUCUCUCUCAUGAGGUUCCAAAGAGGACCUUUCAGGUCAUUUUGCUGAAGACAGAGCUGGAGGAUGCUUGACCCUGGAUCAAAUCCAACCUAAACAAUCCUUGUAUUCUUAGCUAAAGACCAGCUAAUGACACCCAUCAACCACAGUGACAGAUAAUCUCUUCUCCUUAGCACAACAAUGCACCCACAA